GUACGAAGAGUUACAACAGCUUUAGUGGAAAUAGCUCCAAAUUUUAUAGUCUGGCCUGAUAAUGAGAAGUUUGCUGAAAUUGCCAAUGAGUUUGAAGUUACGAGCGGUUUCCCCAAUGUUAUUGGUGCAAUUGAUGGAACACAUAUAAAUAUUCCUGCACCUCACGAACAUCCGGAAUGUUAUGUUAACAGAAAAGGACAUCAUUCGAUCCAAUUACAAGCUAUUAGUGAUGCUCAAUGUAGAUUUAUCCACUGUUAUGCUGGGAAUGUUGGUUCUGUACAUGACGCACGAGUAUUCCGUCUAUCAGAAGUGAAUGAUUAUCUCACUGAUCAAUAGAAAUUUCCAAACGGUUAUCAUUUAGUUGGUGACGCA